UGCGUGCGCGCCCCCGGGCGGCUGUCGCGUGGUGCUGAUCGCUCAGGGAAGAAUCAGGCCGAGAGGCUCAGUGCAGGAUCUAUUAUUAUUAUUUAUUUUUUUUUACAACAUUUUACAUGUUUUAAUGAGAAUCCGUCACUGUGCGGCUCAGAGCGAAGUCGAGUGGAGCGGAGAGGAGCAGGAGUGAGGGAAGAGACGCACAGAAGAGGGACUUUUUUGUGUGGUUUAAUUUGGAGAGCACGUUCACGUUGGGGGAAAGGAGGAACGGAGACAUGGCCACUCAGGUGGAGACUCUCCUGCACACCACCGCGACCCCGCUUCUGCAGGAGGAGGAGGACCUCCAGCCGCCCGCCGGACACGGAGCGCUCACCCCAGAGCUGAGCUCGAAGCAGGCCGGGGAGGAGAGCAGCCUGCAGGAGAAGAAGGAGUUCAGAGAGGCGCCUCCGCCCAAAGUCAACCCCUGGACCAAGAAGCUCAACUCGGUGACGGUGAACGGACAGACUGCGCCUGAGCAAACUGGACCAGCGAAAGUGGUGAGAGCAGGAACCCCCCGAUCAAGGAGAGGAGGAAAGGUUGGAGAUUUUGGAGAUGCGACCAACUGGCCGACGCCCGGAGAGAUCGCCACCAAGGAAGUGCAGGGGUGUAAGAAGGCAUCAGUGAAAAGAGAGUCUAAAGAGAAGAGGGACAGCGAGGAGACUAAAGAGAACCAGAAGACCAAAUCAGAUGAUUCAGGAGAGGAGAAGAACGGAGAGGAAGACUCGCACAAGAACAAUGCUCACAGGAAGAAAGCAGGAAAUAAGCAUAAGUGGGUUCCUCUGAUGAUUGAGGUGAAGUCUGAGGGACCACGAGAGCGCUCGGCCUCCCGGAACAACGCACGCCAGGGGGAAACUCCCAGAAUGCACCACAACAACAGGAAUGACCUCAGAGACUGGCACAGUGGUAAAUACGAGCGUGAUCAGUUUAGAGACGAUCACGAUGAGGUGUCAAGUGUGAAGAGUGAGGGAGCGCCAUUCAGAGGAGGGUUCAGAGGACGAGGAAGAGGACGGGGACGAGGAAGAGGACGAGGAAGGGGAGGGCGAGGUCACUUUGACUAUCAGUACAGCUAUAAGUAUGAGGGGAAGGACGGCGUGUACGAUCCUAAAUACGCACAGUCAGUGACCUAUUAUUACGACAACAUGAGCAGCGCAGAGCUCUACAGCGUGGACCAGGACCUGCUCAAAGAGUACAUCAAGAGACAGAUUGAGUACUACUUCAGCGUGGGGAAUCUGGAGCGGGACUUUUUUCUCAGGAGGAAGAUGGAUGAGGGUGGCUUCCUGCCUGUAGCCCUGAUUGCUAGCUUCCACCGUGUUCAAGCGCUCACCACUGACAUCUGCCUCAUCACCGAGGCUCUAAAGGACAGUAAGGAGGUGGAGAUUAUUGAUAUGAAGAUUCGGUGUAGAGAGGAACCGGAGAAAUGGCCUCUUCCUGGGUUAAUGCUUCCUGAACACACGCACACCGACUUUUCCCAACUCAUCAACUGUCCCGAGUUCAUCCCCCGCAACACGGCUGACUCACCACGCACAGGUACGGCGCGCUCGCACACACCUCACACAGGUUCUCCUCGAGUUCCAUCUGCAGCUGAGCAGAAGCAGGAUGAAGUGUGUAACCUGAAGACGAUGCCGAAAGGUUUAUCAGCGAGUCUCCCUGAUCUCGAUUCCGAGUGCUGGAUAGAAGUGAAGAAAAGGCCACGACCCUCACCGGCCAGACCAAAAAAGCAGGAGGACCCUCGGAGUGGCCUUACUUCAGGGGAUCAGGAUGAGCCUGAGGAGCUGGACUUCUUGUUUGAUGAGGAGAUGGAGGCAAUGGACGGGCGGAGGAACACAUUCACCGAGUGGACAGACGACGAGUCAGAUGGCGAGAUCGAUGACCACGAUGUCAACAAGAUCCUGAUAGUGACUCAGACGCCACCGUACCUGCGCAAACACCCCGGGGGUGACCGGACCGGCAACCACGUCUCCCGCUCCAAACUCACUAACGAGCUCGUUAAGGUCAUUAAUGACGGCCUGUUCUACUACGAACAGGACCUGUGGCACGACUCGUAUGAGCCGGAGUACGCCACCAUCAAGCAAGAGGUGGAGAACUUCAAGAAGGUGCACCUGAUCAGCCGUGAGCAGUUUGACUGUUUGACCCCUGAACCCCCCAUCGACCCCAACCAGGAAGUGCCGCCCUGCCCGCCCCGCCCACAACAAAUUCCUACAGAUGACCUGGCGAAUAAGCUGUUCGGUGCUCCGGAGCGUUCCAUGAUGGCGCGCUCUCUCCCCACUGCCGUGCCUGACUCGCCUGGAUACAGAGCGCCACACACACCUCACACACCCCGCACACCCCGCUGCAAACACAACACACACACACCUCGCUUCUACCCCGUCAUCAAGGAUGGCCGGCCUGUGGACACCAAGACGCCACGUAAGCGGAAGACGCGUCACAGCUCGAAUCCACCAAUGGAGUGUCACGUCGGUUGGGUGAUGGACUCACGAGAACAUCGAUCACGGACCGCAUCCGUCAGCUCAAACGCAAGCCCAUCCGAAGGCACGGCGGCGUUGGGGAACAUCGGCUGCACUCCUCAGUCUCUUCCUAAAUUCCAGCAUCCAUCACAUGAGCUGCUGAAGGAGAAUGGCUUCACACAGCACGUCUACCACAAAUACAGGCGACGCUGUCUCAAUGAGCGUAAGCGGUUGGGGAUUGGUCAGUCUCAGGAGAUGAACACACUCUUCCGUUUCUGGUCGUUCUUCCUGCGUGAUCACUUUAACAGGAAAAUGUACGAGGAGUUCAGACAGCUGGGAGUCGAGGACGCCAAGGAGGGUUACAGGUACGGGUUAGAGUGUCUGUUCCGGUAUUACAGUUACGGUCUGGAGAGAAAGUUCAGACCUGAAAUCUUCAAAGACUUCCAGGAGGAAACUAUCAAAGACUAUGAAGCAGGUCAGCUGUAUGGUCUGGAGAAGUUCUGGGCUUUUCUCAAAUAUUCUAAAGCGAAGACUCUGGAGAUCAGCUACAAACUGCAGGAGUACCUGCGUAACUUCAGACGCCUGGAGGACUUCAGAGUCGACCCUCCUAUAGAUGAAGGUCGUAAGCGUCACUCCUCCAGUGGUGAUGGGCGUCGCCGUCACCUUUCUCAGUCCUCUGCUCGCCACGCCCUGGAGCCUAAGCCUGGCCCCGCCCCCACUGCUGAGUCUGGCCAGUGAUCCACCGACCAAAACCGACACCACCAUCCUCAGCGUUACCCGCCCAUUACCCAUAAUCCUCUGGGGUCCAGCCGCUCCCGCACGCAUCACACACAGGCGGAGCUCCGGUGCGGAGAACGAAUCAAGCUCUUCCCUUCAGACAUAACACCUUUUUUCUUAUUUACGCCUGAGUCGCUGCUGAGGGGAAACUGUUCACUCUUCACCUUUAUUCUCAUCGCUUCCUUCUUUAUCUGGACAUAACAUUCGCCGUGACCUUUCCAGCCUGAACCCGAAAGAUUGGAUGAGAGACGGGUGGUUAUGAGUGGUUUUUUUUGGGGUUUGAACUUCCUGUUUGGGGUAGGGCUUGGUGUAAAGUGACGUGGGCGGAAGACUUGAACCCUCGCAGUGUUUCUCAUCGCUCUUUUACACAGUUGCCUUAUUUUACUCUGUUUUUCUGCUUCUCGCGCGCCGGACACCUUAAUCGCCCCUCCCCGACACACACACACAUACCUACCUGGUACUAUGGGCAGGUGUUUUCCCUCGUCUCCGUGUCUUCCAUGUGUUGUGGACCAUAUUCGUUCUCCUGCUGUGUCUCCUUGUUCACGCCCCGCGUCCGUACUUCAUCGAUAUUACUUGAAGAGCGAGAGGAAAAGAACAGGUGAGAACAUCUGAUCAUUGCUGCAGGUGCUCUAGGACUUUAACAAAAACAUACACACAAUGGAGGAAUAGGAGGAAAAACUUUAUUUAAAAAAAAAAAAAAAAAAAAAAACCCUUUAAA